AUGGAUGCUGGGGACAGGGUAUUGAGUCUUGACGGUGGAGGCAUUCGAGGACUCGUUAUUCUUGAGAUUUUGGACGCGAUCGAGAAGGAAGCAGGAAAGGAAAUCAAAGACUUGUUUGACUGGAUUGGCGGAACAAGCACCGGAGGGAUUAUUGCUCUGGGUAUUGCUACGGGCAAAUCCGUGUCUGAAAUUCGAGCCAUCUACUAUCGACUGAAGGACCAAGUAUUCAAGGGCUCAACACCGUACGAUUCUGCAACAAUAGAAAACUUGUUGCAAAAAGAGUUUGGGGACAAAGUAAUGACGGAUAUCAAGAAACCAAAGGUCCUGGUUACAAGCGUUUUAGGAGACCAUCAUCCAUGGAAGCUCCACAUGUUUCGUUCCUACAAGGAAGACGAAAAGCCCGAAGAAGAUCCGGACUUUAAACCAAUUAAACCUCCAGAUGAGACGUACAUCUGGGAGGUUGCCCGCUGUACUUCCGCAGCGCCUACCUACUUUCCUCCGUACAAACAGUUUUUUGAUGGAGGCAUAAUGUCCAACAACCCUACCCUGGACAUUCUCACAGAAAUUCAGGAAUAUAACACUCAAAAGGAUAAAAACCGACCCAUGCGCCUGGUUGUUUCUGUCGGUUGUGGUUAUGUGAAAUACGCUAAGCAAACGGCCCCAAACCCAAAGGUGCCAACCGUGUGGGAUGUAAUACGUCAUCCAAUCGACACGUAUAGAUCGCUCGAUGGCUCAAAAAGGUUUUUUAUGGACCUCUUGGAACAGGUAGCAAUAUCACACGGUCAACCAUCGUAUCGUGCCAGAGCGUGGUGCCAUAUGAUGAAAGUUCCGUUCUUUCGAUUUUCCCCGGAACUGUCAGAAAAUGUGCCUCUUGACUGUGUUGAUGAAAACACGAUCGCAAAGAUGCUUCAUGACACGAAAUCUUACAUUGAGGGUCCGAAGCACGACAGUUUUAAGAAACUCAAUGGAAUUUUGAAAAGAAGUCCAGAAUUUUCAGAAUUUGAUCCAGAAUUACGGGUCAUGGGUAUCGGUCCUUCACGUUUCCUGGUAGUGUCUAAGUCUGGAGAUCUUUCCCUUGAAGACAUAUUGUCGUAUGAACUAAGUCCUAAUCCUCCUGCCCUCUUUGAAGCCAAGAACAUACGUCAUAAAGCAGACAAGCACCAAAUCAUUUAG